AAUCAAGGCCCAAACCCAUCGCAGAAUAUUUGACGUUCCUUGCAACUGGGGAGACUGAUCGAACCGACUCUUCGCUGCUCUGCUGUCACCACGCGUCUUUCUUCAAAAUCCCGCGAAUCGGCGCUUUGGGUCUCUAGAGAAAUGGCGCGCGGGGUUCGUGAUGCGAGGUUUUGCACCGUCGGAUAGCAUAGGGAUUACGAGAGGGUUCCGAAGUUAUUACGAUCCUUGUAGCUGCAAUUUGUUCGGUACGGUUGUCAACUUUAGAUAGAAUGUGGGUUUUGGGUUUUUGAUGGAGUUUAUCGCGGUGGGUUAUCGUCGAGCUGCUUAAUUUCAUACUCUGCUCCUUGGAUUUUCUCUUUCGGUGCUUAAAUCAAUUGAAGGGUAGCGCUACAGUGUUCAGGUCUUGGCCGUCUAUUAGAUAUCUGCUGGGGACGUUUUGGUAUGGGGAUCUUUCAGCUCGCUAUAUUGCAAGAAAUUUGAAUAAGAUGGCUGUGGUCAGCAAAACCAGAAGUACGCUCGAGGGGCUUGUUAGAGAUAGUUCAUUGAAAUGGUUGUUAGGAAAUCGAAGCUUCUUUGAUGAAGAACUUGAAGAAAUUGAACGAUCUCCUUCUGCUCAGAGGAAUUGGAUAAGUGAGCUCUCUCCAAUUGCCAAUGUGGUUGUUCGGAGAUGUUCUAAAAUCCUUGGUGUUUCUGCUAGCGAACUUCAAGAAAGUUUUAAUGUGGAGGCAAUUGAUUCAAUCAAGGGUUCUUCGAAUUAUGCGAGAAACUUUCUAGAGUAUUGCAGUUUCAGGGCACUUGCGGUAUCUACACAUAAUACAGGCUAUUUGGCUGAUAAAAGAUUUCGACGCUUGACAUUCGACAUGAUGAUAGCUUGGGAAGCCCCAGCAAGUUCUAGCCUGCCUGAACUUAAUAUUGCUGAAGAUGCAUCAGUUGGGGUGGAGGCUUUCUCAAGAAUUGCUCCAGCAGUUCCCAUAAUUUCAAAUGUGAUCAUUAGCGAAAAUAUUUUCGAGGUGCUUACUACAUCAGCUGGUGCUAGACUUCAGUUCUCGGUCUACGACAAGUACCUGAGCUCAUUAGAAAAGGUUAUUAGAAAAAUGAAAAGCCUAUCAGAGUCGAACCUUCUUCUGUCUGAAAGAUCAUUAAGAGAAGAAAGGAUUUUAGAAGUGGAUGGAACAGUCACCACACAACCAGUUCUUGAACAUGUAGGAAUUUCUACGUGGCCGGGUAGGUUGGUUCUGACAGAUCAUGCACUUUACUUCGAAGCUCUUCGUGUUGUGUCGUUUGACAAGGCAAAAAAAUAUGACUUAUCUGAUGAUCUGAAACAGGUUGUCAAACCUGAAUUGACUGGACCAUGGGGUACUCGGCUCUUUGAUAAGGCAGUUCUGUAUAAGUCCAUUUCCUUAUCAGAACCAGUUGUGUUUGAGUUUCCCGAACUCAAAGGCCAUACUCGUCGAGAUUUUUGGCUGGCAAUCAUCCGUGAGGUCUUAUAUGUUCAUAGAUUUAUCAAUAAGUUCCAGAUCAAGGGAAUUCAAAGGAGUGAAGCUCUCACAAAAGCUGUACUUGGAAUUCUACGUUUACAAGCCAUUCAAGAUAUAUGUUCUACACCGUCUCUUGGGUGCGAAUCGCUUCUCAUGUUUAAUCUUUGCGAUCAACUUCCAGGUGGGGACUUAAUAUUGGAAGCCCUUGCUAAUAUGUCAGACAUGAAGGAGAUUGACCGAACAAACAAAUCUAGUUAUGAAAAGGGUAUGUACUCGAUUUCAUCGUUUGAUUUCGUUUCUCACUUGGGAUUCGGAAUGGGAACAGCUUUGACCGAUUCCAAUGAAAAUGAGCUUGUUGUGGGUGAGAUUGCUGUUGGAAAAAUGACUCCAUUGGAAAGGGCAGUCAAGGAAUCAAAAAACUGUUAUGAAAAGGUGGUGAUGGCUCGAGAGACGGUCGAUGGAGCAAAAGUAGAUGGCAUCGAUACUAAUUUAGCAGUGAUGAAGGAAUUAAUGUUGCCGGUGAGUGAAGUUGGGAAGUGCCUUCUUUCUUUGGCACUAUGGGAAGAUCCUAUGAAGUCUUUGGCGUUCUGUGUGGUCUCCAGUUACAUUAUCUACAGGGACUGGCUGUCCUACGCAGCUGCUCUGCUACUCGUGUUCUUGGCAGUUUUCAUGAUGCUAAGUCGACUUUUCAACCAAGGUAACCCAGUCAAUGAAGUUAAGGUCAUAGCACCUCCAGCAAUGAAUGCAAUGGAGCAGCUUUUGGCGGUUCAGAAUGCGAUUUCGCAAGCUGAAGAGUUCAUCCAAGACGGGAAUAUCGUUCUCCUCAAGCUGCGUGGCUUGCUGCUCGCCAUUUUCCCAAAGGCCACAAUGAAGUUCGCAAGUUCCCUUCUAGUGAUAGCCGUAACUCUGGCCUUCCUUCCCACAAAAUACAUAGUUUUAAUGGUGUUCUUGGAGGCCUUUACCAGAUACUCACCCCCAAGAAAAGCAAGCACAGAGAGAUUGACAAGAAGAGUUGGGGAAUGGUGGUUCAGCAUUCCAGCAGCUCCUGUUGCUCUUGUCAGGGAAAAGAAGGAAGACAAGAAGAGGAAAUGAAAUGAACCUUUUUUUUUUUCCUUUGUAAAUUAUAUGUAUAUGUAUUUUAUGGAA